AUGGAAGCUGUCCGUGUUAUAGCUACGUACGCUCAAACACUAGAGGAACAGAGAACCACUGUAGAUACAGGCCCGCGGACCGCCAUCGAUAAACGUUUCUCUCUACGUCAAUUCUACACCCAUUUCGAAGUCACCCAGUCCUCGCAUGUUAAGUUUAGGCUGAAAAUGGGGAGGCUCUCCAACUUCUUUGCGCCAGUUGGCAAUCCGUCACAUAUUGGGAACAGGCUUGCCUACGCUCGGUGUUGUAAACGUUCGACUCCGCGUAUCUCCCUGUUUAUGACCCGACUAUCCCUUCUGACCGGGUAUCUUCACGGCAGCAACCUCGUGCGCCUCGAGUCUUCCCUGGCCAAAACGCGGACAGACGGGCAGACUGGUGAGAGCCGGGAAUAA